UUAAUGAAGAAGUCGUAUGUCAAAACUAGCAACGCCCCGAGGAAAAAGACAUGCUUGCAAGUACCUAGGUAGACUAGUGAGCACUCCUCCUCUCGAUAUAUAUUGCUCAGUUCCCACCCAAAAUUCUGCUCAGCGCAACAUGGCUCCGUCACGUCGGAGACUAACAAAGUUUAGUGUUGGUCGAUCCAUAGCUCGUGUUGGGAUCCGUUCUCCCUCCCUUCGGUCCAAACCCACCUCUAGUUCCAGUGAAGGUGAUUCAAAAAUGGAGUUUUUGGGCAGUGGCAAGGAGAGUUUUUGUGGUGAUGGUUUUGGAAAUGGCAACAAGGUUAUGGUGGUAGUCGAUACAAGCCGUGAAGCCAUGGGUGCUCUUGAAUGGGCGUUGUCUCACACGGUUCAGAACCAAGAUACCAUUGUUCUUCUUUAUGUUUCUAAGCCAUCCAAACAAGGCCCUGAAUCUAGUUUGAAGCAUAAUCUGAGGGCUCAUGAGACGCUUCACUCCAUGAAAAAUAUGUGUCAAAGGAGAAGGCCAGGGGUGCAGGUGCAGGUGGCUAUGCAUGAGGGUAAAGAAAGGGGUCCAAUAAUAGUGGAAGAAGCGAAACAACGAAGCGUAUCACUGCUUGUGAUGGGGCAAAGAAAACGAUCGAUAAUGUGGCGCCUUAUUAAGAGAUGGGCAGGGAAGGGGAACCGCGGUGGCUCCGGGGCGGUGGGGUAUUGCAUCCAAAAUGCUUCCUGCAUGACAAUUGCAGUGAGGAGGAAGGGCAAAAAACUUGGAGGUUAUUUGAUCACCACCAAGCGUCAUAAAAACUUUUGGCUUUUGGCUUAGAUUUAUUUCACUUAAGAGAAUCGAUUCUGGGAAGCCGGUUCGAUGAAUUCAGUGGGCAUUUAUAUAGGUUGUGUUGUUUUGCAGCUGCACAGUCUAAAAGUUAAAAAAAUAAAACAAUAAAAAUAUUUGUUAAAUUGCUGAGAACA